CGCCCGAAAGCGAAGAAACCCAACGAAACCAUCCCACCUUUCCAAUUCAGAUGACUGACGACGCUUGGACGCACGUCUACGCAUAAUCUUCCACAUUGCCAAUUCUACAAUGCCUCCUCCUGUCGCUAGGUAUGGGCCCUCGGGCCUAACCGCCCCCUACGCUCAUCUCCAACAGGCCCAUCUCCAGCAGCAGCAGCAGCAACAGCAACAGCAGUCUCAGCACCACCCUGCUCAUGCCCAGUCUGCAGCAGCUACUAACACAGCUCUCCCUCCUCCCUCACUAGGUGGUCAUCCCGGUUUCGCAGCGGGAAACCCCAAUACUAAUAUCAACCCAUUUACCUUGUCCGGGGCUGCCAUCGCGAAUGGUAUGUCUGUUCCAGCUUUCGCGGGGGGCGGAGCCGCAGGAGGAGGCACUGCUGACGGGGGUGGAACAGGACUGGCGAGCCAUGCCGCACAGAUGGGGUUUGCGAGGGGCGCACAGAUGCAGCAGCAGCAACUUCAUCAGACGCACGAUGGACGGUUAACGUUGGAGAAUAAGGUGGGGGGUGUCAAGUCGAGGAUACGAGAUGUCUGGAGGCAUAAUCUGGCCCAGGAAAUGGCGACGUUGAGACAGUUGGUGGAGAAGUAUCCGUAUAUUAGUAUGGACACUGAAUUCCCGGGUAUCGUCGCACGUCCGAUCGGCUCCUUUACAAACAAGGCAGAUUAUCACUACCAGACACUCCGGUGCAAUGUCGACUUGUUGAAGAUGAUCCAGCUGGGCAUUACAUUGUUUUCGCCUGAGGGAGAGGUGCCUCCUGCGACAGCUACUGAUGCCAACGGACAUGCAUACGGGAAUGCUCUGGUUCCUGCGCCUUGUACCUGGCAAUUCAACUUCCGGUUCUCGUUGGAGAAUGACAUGUAUGCGCAAGAGUCGACAACCAUGCUCGCCAAGGCGGGUAUUGAUUUUUCCAUGCACGAAAGGGAGGGCAUUGAUCCCUUCGAAUUUGGUUCUCUCUUGAUUAGCUCAGGCCUUGUUCUACUGGACGACGUCCAUUGGGUCUCCUUCCACUCCGGCUACGACUUUGGCUACCUGAUGAAGAUUAUGCUCUGUAAACCCCUACCCGAGAGCGAAGAGGAAUUUCACAAACUGCUCAACAUCUUCUUUCCAUCGCUGUACGACAUCAAAUACCUCAUGAAGCACGCUGGACGGAAUCAGGCCGUUAACGACUCGCCUCUAACCCCUGCCGCGAUGCAAGUGCUCGCCAACCUCGGCCAGAAGUCGGGUCUUCAAGAUAUUGCAGAUGAGCUCGGUGUCAAGCGCAUGGGUAUCGCUCAUCAGGCCGGAUCGGACUCGCUCGUGACCGGGGAGAUCUACUGGAAGAUGCGACAGGUAGUGUUCAACGGUGCAAUCGACGAGGCCAAGUACUCGGGCCAGAUUUGGGGGUUGAACGGCCAGAUGCCCAUGCUUGCGUAUCACCAGCAGACACCGAACUUGAACGGAGUCACCAUCUACUCUACAACCCCCAGCACACCGAACACUUCUCACAUUGUAGCUGGGAAUCAUACGCCGCAGCAUGUAGGCACACUCACACCAGGCGCAUAUGGAAUGGCCAAGUCAUGAGGUUGGAAUGCAUUUCGCUGUUCCGUCUCUCUCCUUCAUUUAUGACCUGGAAAUCGAUACGACGUCUUGUUGCAUCUUACGUAUGAUCUAGCAACUUUCAAUGUUGCCGCACAUCCUUUCUCUCUCUAUAUCUCCCUUUCUGUUUGUAUGUCUCGGGAUUGACAUAUGGGUUGUUCUCUCGGCCGCAACGUCUUCAGUGGUGUCUUUGCUUGAGGGUGUUCCGCGGGUGUAAACGGUGUUUGUAUGUAAUACUGGCUGGAAGGCUGAAAACUGCUUUAUUUACAGCUGGAGGCGUUGUUGGUCCGGGACCUGCUGUUUUUGUCGUUUGCUCUGUAGGCUAGAGCUGGGCUGUUUCCUUUCGAAUCUUCCUCUUUCUCUGGGUUCCUCUUCGGGUUUCUUUUUCAUUAUCCAUCCUAGCAACGCGGAUACCGAAUAGAUCUUGGAAUUGGAGUUGGUAGAUGUCCGUUGCAUGCCUCGUUGGGCAAUGAAAUGCGUGAAGAACUCCGAUAGUAACGCGUUCAGUGUCCACUAGAUUCCCAGCUGUAAGCUCCGUCCUCAACAGACGGGAUCUAGAUCAGACCCCGCAGUCCUGUCCGCAACCUUGAUAGCUGACGGCGUCCGGAUUGGAAAGACGAUCCGAAGGGCAGCCGUGGCGCUGAGGCGGUCGCAGGGUUCCAU